AGAAGCGCAACAGCGCGCGGCUAUUGACGCAUCACGGAAGACAUUUUUCAUAGUUGUUCUCCCAAACACAAAGACGCACACUCCGUUUGGCUCCGUCUCUCCGCUGCUGCUGCGUCCGCGUCUGCGUCCGCGUCCGACUCCAUGGCAGAUAAGAGCCAGGUGCCCGGCAGAGAGCGCGCUCUGAGGGGAAGGGAGGAGGCAAUGGUCGUGGCAGACAAGCAUGCAGUCAGUGGGAAUCCCACCGUGGAGCCUUUUCCAGAAGCCAUGGAUACCAUCAUGUUCGGUAUGGGCUGUUUCUGGGGAGCGGAGAAACUUUUCUGGCGACUUCCAGGGAUCUUCUCCACACAAGUGGGCUAUACAGGCGGCUUCACACCCAAUCCCACCUACGAAGAGGUCUGCUCAGGUCUAACAGGUCACACUGAGGUGGUGAGGGUGGUCUUCUCCCCUGAAGACAUCAGCCUUGAGGAACUGCUCAAACGCUUUUGGGAGAGCCACGAUCCUACACAAGGUAUGAGGCAGCAGAAUGACCAUGGUUCUCAGUAUCGUUCCGCCAUUUACACCUCCAACCCCAUGCAACUGGAGCUCGCAUUGAGGAGCAAAGUGGCCUUCCAGCAGGAGUUGGAUAAAAAAGGCUACGGUCCCAUCACAACAGAGAUCCUGGAGGGGCAGCAGUUCUACUACGCUGAGGACUAUCACCAGCAGUACCUGAAGAAGGUUCCUAAGGGCGUCUGUGUGGUCAAAGGCACCGGCGUCUCGUGUCCCAUCGGAGCCAGAAACGAUGAAGUGUGAGAGAAAUUUAAAGGGAAGUAUCGGAUGAUGGAUGAGGAUUUUUGUCGGCACAAAGUUGUUAGGCCCUGAGUAGUAAAGCCGUAAGUAGAAAAAAUCCUAACCAGGGACAGGGGUUGCAAAUUGGCAUAGGCUAGAAAACCUAUAUGCAAUACAUCUGUAUCAUGUUAUUGUAACCUGCUACAUGGUUUUUUUUUGCAUUAUCCCUGACAAAUAAACUAAUAAAAAAAUA